AUGGUACCGUCGGACACAUCGUCUGACAGCUCGGCGACAUCUACGGAGUCGUCUACCUUCUCCGAAGACUCGGAGUUUGACAUUGAUAACGAAUCCACGAACGAACCAGGCUGUUCGAGUGGGUUGCCGGAGCAGGUAGGGAAAGGAAAGCGAACGCUGCUUGAGCCAUUGAGUAGGUGGGCUGCUAAGUCAAAAACGGCUCAUGUCCAUGUGAAUACUCUGCUGAAGAUUCUCAAGCCCUUGCAUCCCGAGCUCCCGUUGGACGUACGCACACUGCUUGGUUGCCUGGCCAAACCAGAGCUCGAAACGAGCCCCGUAAGGCUGAUGUGUGCAAUGAGCUCGCUUUGCUAUAAGGGUAACAGGACUAAGAUAUAUCUAAGUCCGCUUCAAGUAUACUUCAAAAGGUACCACGUAUAGGUAGUUUUAACAGCACACUGGGAUGGUUUUCCAGAUGACCAUUAGUAGUGCGGGCGCAUUUUGGCCAAAGCGAUAGCUAGCGAAACUUCAACCGAGUAGUUUCCGAAAAAAAACAAGUUCCGACGGGCGAUACGUUACGUAUGAAGGCUGCACCAGUUACGUCCGGAGGAUUUGCACUUCGAUUCAAAAAAUCGUCUCUAUACGAAGGUUUGGUAGAACAGAGGAAGCCAUUUGACAACAAAUUUUCAUACGGACAAUGUAGUAGAGAUCCAUAAAAACAUUGGGAGAAUGCAGAAUAGAUAGGAUAAGUCCGCCACGGUAAUAUGUCAAAUCCCUCCAAAAGCCGUCGCGAGCAGGAUUUGAACCUGCGCGGGAAAUUCCCAAUGGAUUUCUAGUCCAUCGCCUUAACCACUCGGCCAUCGCGACACGCGCCGCUGCUCACAAAGUGCACAUGACAGCUAAAUUACAGAGUUUGAUGUGGCAAGUCCUGUUUACAUGUGUCAGACGGCUGCCACAGCAUAUUUAGGUGAAUUUGGGUAAAAUCGCCGCAAUAAGAAGUACCGAAACAAAGACUGAAGUCCGUAAGAGUAGGAGCCAAAAGUUUAUUUCAGUCUCUUCCCCGGUAUUUCUUAUCGUGGUGUUCCUACCUAAAUACACCUAUAGUCACUGACUGACCUCAUGAAACGUUGGCCGAAAUUCUGAAAUGUCAUUGCGAUUAGGAAGGACUAAUUGAGUGGAGUUGUAUUAUUCAUGAUCUUACGGCAUAAUGCCGCGAUGCCCCAGGCACGCCAAGAUGUUGGCUUUUGAAUGCACUUCUUUUCGACAGUCCACAAAAACAGUACUCAGUAAGAAAUGACUACUUCAGGAGCACGCAUUUUCUGUAUUGAUUUUUGAUGCUCAUAUAGAUUCAAGUAUAUGUUAUGGAAGACAUGCAUGAAAAUAUUCUUUCUUGUACUUGUUUGAUAGUAAAGUACGUCUUCAUACUUUAUACCCGACAAUGGGAUAUUCUAUAGGUUGAAAUGUUAUUCCCCCUAAAUAAUUUUGUUCUCGAGUUCCCAACGCAUUUGUGUUCAAGUUUUUCAGUCUACCAGCUGCAUACUUUCCAUGCAAGGACAAAGAUUCAUUCCUCUAUUCCUCUACUGGUAGGUAUUUCAUCGGUGCAAGUCAGUAGUGGGUGUAGAAUCUGCUGAAGUAAUUGGACAAAUGGCAGAAGUAUGGAGCAAAUGCCUUCUGACGGAUUUGCAAGACGUCUGCCUUAAGACGCGAAUGUCGCUAUCGAAGGUGAAAGUAGUGCUUGAUUUGCUCCGUCCCCACCACCCAGAAGUACCCAAGGACCCAAGAGCGCUAUUGAGAACUACGCGAACUUGUAGUAGGGAGCUCCUGAAAAGCAGGAACUGUGUAAACUUGGGCCUUGGACGUGCUUUGCUGCACCGCCGGCAACCCUGCCAGCACAUGGCCCCUUCAUAGGCGGGGCUGGAAGGGGCUGGGUGGGGCCGGAGCCCCCUCUGCAUUGAAGCAUUUUUAAGCGUAUUUGCAUCGAAAGAUAUGUUUCAAAAGCACCACUUAUUGUACCUUCUUUGGAAUUAAAAGGAGCUAAUUUAUCAAAAUUGGCUUAUAAAUCAUGGAGAAAGCAUCCGUUUACGCCCACUGAAUGUAGCUGCGAAUGAGCACAAUAUACUGAGGAUUUGUUUAAGUCCCUCAUUGCGUAAACUCUUAUUUGUCCACCGGUUUACAAUCUGUGUGUGUUAUUAAUUCGUAUAUUUGACAAUCGGGACGAUAUUUUAAAGUGGUGCCAAAAGUGGGCGGGGAUGUGGCCUCCCCUGCGUAUUUUUUUUCGCUGGCGGGGCCAGGCGGGGCUAUCGCGUUGCAUGCCCCGCCACAGCCCCCUCCACAGGCCCGCCUAGCCCCCUCAUGGCCCCCUCUAGCCCCGCCAUUAUUGAGGGGGCCAGGCGGGGCUAGGCGGGGCUGGUGCUGGUAGGGAAGCAAUCGGAAUUCCUGAAAUGCGCAUGCAGUUGCACAUUGAUAAGAUGAAGUUAUUUAAAGCCUCUGGCCAAUGCCUCUGAUAUGUCUAUUAAUGUUUCUCAUAAAGUAUACAACAUUGUCAACAUCCGUUGCAAGAUUUUAUGAGUCCAACGUGGUAUUUAUUUAGCGGCAUAGAGGAAUGGAUGUUUUUCCUUACAUGGAAAGUAUACAACUGGUAGACUGAAAACCUUAAACACAAAUGCAAUGGAAACUCGAGCUUAAGAAGGUUCCACACAGGAGGUCACAUAAGUGACCAUGACUUCGAACACCUCCGGCCAGUCGGCCCACAUCCCUCGAUUAUAUGUUUUACCUAAGAUUCAAAAGGAAGGCCCACCGGUUCGUCCGAUUUUAGAUAUGCGGAACUCUCCGUAUCAUGUGAUAGCUAAAAGGUUGGCAGAGAAACUCGAGCCCAUACAACAUCAGCUGGCACCACGCAGCUAUCGAGAUUCCUUUCAAUUCAUUGACGACAUUAAAGACCUCAAACUUAACGGCAUGAUGAUGUUCUCAAUGGACGUUGCAUCACUUUUUACAAACGUCCCAGUUACCGAGACAGUUGGUUGCAUCUGAGAGUUUCUAUCUGCCAGUCAUCAAGAAAUAGGAAUACCGACGAACGCACUCAAGGAACUAUUACUAAGAUGCACAUUAAAUGCACAGUUCCUUUUUGACAACCAACUCUAUAGACAAAUAGACGGCGUUGCCAUGGGCUCGCCUCUUGGACCUCUCUUAGCCGGCGUCUUCAUGGGCAAGCUGGAGAGAUUUCAACUAAACAAUCAGAUCAAAAAGCUUAAACGUUAUGGUCGCUACGUUGAUGACAUCUUUGCGAUUGCAACCACAGAAACCGACGUUGCUGCCAUCCUAAAUGUUACAAAUCAGGCACAUCCAUCGAUCAAAUUCACGUUGGAGAUGGAAUCGGCCGGUUAG